CAAAGUCAUUUUUCAGGCCUAAACGAUGUAACUCGCAAAAAAUCUUACCUCGUUCCACCUUUUACCUCUAUAAAUAUUUAAAGAAACAGAUUUUCUAGCUCUUUCUAGAACCUCAAUUACUAGUAAAGAGUGAACAAAUCGUGGCACCAUGAUUGUACAGAGCGUGAUGUAUGGAGCACUUGCAUUUCUUCUGGUUGUCAUUAUUAGACACGUGUAUCGACUCAAGCAAUGGAGACGACUCACCGCGCAAAUGAAAAUGUUAGAUUCAUGGCAUCCGAUUUGGGGACAUUUACACUUGAUGAAUGAUCUAUCUGAUUACAGUCGCCUGGUGAUUGAAAAGGUUCAGACAACUAGAGCAAGGUUAACCAGCACCUGGAUGAUGUUUUUCUACCCAGUGUUCACUGCAUGUCACCCAGACACGGCGAAAAUCCUCUUGAAGUCCUCUGAACCAAAAUCAAAAUAUUCGAUGGGGGCACCAUACAGAAUGAUUCUACCAUGGUUAGGUGAUGGACUGCUUUUAUCAGACGGCAAGAAGUGGGAGAGAAACCGUCGGCUGCUGACUCCCGCCUUCCAUUUUGAUAUUCUCAAACCAUAUGUACAGAUCUAUAAUGAUGUCACAGAAAUAUUCCUUGACAAGCUACAGAAAGCGUGCGAUUCUAGAGAAAACAUUGAAAUAUACAGCCAUGUUUCCCUGGCAACACUAGACAACAUGUUAAGAUGUUCGUUGUCAUACGAGGGCCAUGUGCAAGAAAUGGGAGACAGUCAUCCAUACGUUCGUGCUGUGCGAAAACUUGGGUCUUUAUCUCUGAGAAGAAUUUUGAGUCCGUGGCUGUUCCCUGAUUUUUUAUUUUGGCUAUCCCCCACUGGAAGGGAAUACAAAAGAAAUAUGGAUUAUGUACACGAUUUUGCUGAUGGAAUAAUCGCCUCUCGUAGGGAAAUUGUCGAAAAGAACCCCGGGCAGACGCAGAAGAACAAAUUGGAUUUUCUGGACAUUUUGAUCACAGCGAAAGACGAAAAUGGUGAAGGUUUAAGUGACCUCGAUAUCAGAGCUGAGGUUGACACAUUUCUGUUCGAAGGACAUGACACCACGGCAUCCGCCAUUAGCUGGGCAAUCUUCUGCCUGGCCAAAUAUCCGGAAGAGCAAGAAAAGAUCUACAAAGAAGUGACGUCAGUUCUUGAUGGAAGAUCACAACUUUCAUGGGACGAUAUGAGUCGUCUUAAAUACACCACCGUGUUUCUGAAAGAAGUGAUGCGCAUGCACAGUACUGUUCCUUUGAUAAGUCGGUGGCUGACCAAACCUUUGGUCCUGGAUGGCGUGGAAAUCCCGAGGAAUUUAUAUGUUGACAUUCUUAUCCAAUGUAUCAACCAUCAUCCAGACGUCUGGCCCGACCACAUGGAAUUCCGACCGUCAAGAUUUGAGGACUACAAGAAUCACGACAGGGACCCUUACACAUAUGUUCCUUUCUCAGCCGGUCCAAGGAAUUGUAUCGGUCAAAAUUUUGCUCUGAAUGAAGAAAGGGUGAUGAUUGGUGCUUUAGUCAAACGAUUCAAAGUAGAACUGGUGGAAGGCCACGUAUAUGAGGAGUACCCGGAAGUUGUGAUGAGGCCAAAAUACGGAAUUAAAAUCAAGGUCAAGCAGCGGUGAUCCUCAAUCUGUCAAAUGUAUUUAUACAAAGAAGAUUUGCCCAUAUAUGUGCUACAAGCUGCAUUCUCUGAACCAAGAGUUUAAAGAGGAACUAAUUAAUUUGUACAUUACUAGUAACUUUAAAUGUGUAAUAAACAAUUUUUCUGUAAACAGUUUUUUUCUGGUAUCAUAACAGACGUAUUUUUAAAACUAAAACAAAUCCUGAUCUGCAUAGAAGCAUUAAGAUUUAAUUUACAAGUAAAUUACUUGAAUUAAACCGAGAAGAUGAAAAUGUAUCAGUUACUUUCUGAUGGCCACUGACUUCAUACAACUUCCCCAAAAUUAACGUGUCGAUACGUAAUACCAUUGAAAGAAUAUUGAUAUGAGGGGAGAAGAUGUUGCAUCAUUUCAGUGUCGUCAGAAUUCCAAAAAUUGUUGAAAAUGAACUGAAAACAGAAAUAUUUCCACCUUUACUGAGGGUAAUAGAA